GGCGCCAUUUUGAAUUGGCUGAGGGUCGGAGGCGGCGGCUGCCGAGCAGGGUUCCGCGUCCCCCGAGGGAGAAGCCGCGAGGAAGGAGCGGACAUGGCCGCGAAUAGGAACUUGAAGCAAGUGCGGAUCGAAAACAGCUCCCCGGCGGUGCCGCUGGGCAUGGUGGGGGGCGGCGGCGGCGGCAACCUGAAAGGAUUGCGCGGCCUAGAAGCGGAGAGUGAGGCGGCGGCGGCCAUGGCUCUGGUGCCGAGCAAAGAAGGCGGCGGAGAUGAGGAGCGGGAGGUUGGGUUCACCAUCGAUAUCAAGAGCUUUCUCAAACCUGGCGAGAAGAGCUACACGCAGCGUUGCCGGCUGUUCGUGGGGAAUCUGCCUACUGAUAUCACCGAGGAGGAUUUCAAGCGCCUUUUCGAGCGCUACGGGGAGCCCAGCGAGGUCUUCAUCAAUCGGGACCGCGGCUUCGGCUUCAUCCGCCUGGAAUCUAGGACCUUGGCUGAAAUAGCAAAGGCAGAACUUGAUGGUACUAUUUUGAAGAGCAGACCGCUUCGAAUUCGAUUUGCUACCCAUGGAGCUGCCUUAACUGUGAAGAAUCUGUCGCCUGUGGUUUCCAAUGAGCUGCUGGAACAAGCAUUCUCGCAAUUCGGGCCGGUGGAAAGAGCGGUUGUUGUAGUCGAUGAUCGAGGCAGAGCUACAGGGAAAGGUUUUGUAGAGUUUGCAGCAAAACCUCCGGCACGGAAAGCUCUAGAGAGAUGCAGUGAUGGGGCAUUCUUGCUUACAACAACACCCCGACCUGUUGUUGUAGAACCAAUGGAGCAAUUUGAUGAUGAGGAUGGACUCCCUGAGAAGCUAAUGCAAAAAACACAACAGUACCACAAGGAAAGAGAACAGCCUCCACGCUUUGCUCAGCCUGGAACAUUUGAGUUUGAGUAUGCUUCACGGUGGAAGGCUCUUGAUGAGAUGGAAAAGCAGCAGCGGGAACAGGUUGACAGGAACAUUAGAGAAGCCAAAGAGAAACUUGAGGCAGAAAUGGAAGCAGCUAGACAUGAGCAUCAGCUAAUGCUGAUGAGGCAAGAUCUCAUGCGUCGUCAGGAAGAAUUGAGGCGCUUGGAAGAGCUUCGAAACCAAGAACUUCAAAAACGCAAGCAGAUACAGCUGAGGCACGAAGAAGAGCACAGACGUCGGGAGGAGGAGAUGCUACGCCAGAGGGAACAGGAGGAAUUGCGACGACAGCAGGAGGGAGGAUUUAAGCCAAAUUUCAUGGACAAUAGAGAACAGGAAAUGAGAAUGGGUGAUAUGGGUCCUCGUGGAGCAAUAAACAUGGGAGAUGCGUUUAGCCCAGCACCUGCUGGUAACCAAGGCCCUCCUCCAAUGAUGGGUAUGAAUAUGAACAACAGAGGAACUUUACCUGGCCCUGCAAUGGGUCCUGGUCCUUCCAUGGGACCAGAAGGAGCUGCAAAUAUGGGAACACCAAUGAUGCCAGAUAAUGGAGCAGUGCAUAAUGAGAGAUUCCCUCAAGGAGGCCCAUCCCAGAUGGGUUCACCUCUGGUUAGUAGAACGGGCUCUGAAACUCCUCAGCCGCCAAUGAGUGGUGUAGGUGCCGUGAGUGGUGGACCUGGUGGCUUUGGUAGAGGAAACCCAGGGGGCAACUUUGAAGGACCUAACAAGCGUCGCAGAUACUAAACCUAAUUCAUUCCUUACUGUUUUAGAAAUUCCAGUAAAAUUAUACAGUGAUAUGCCUUUAUAAUUUUAGCUGUUACCUGGAAACGGUUCUAUUGUUAUUGUAGUCUUUAAACCAGUUUUCUUUUGUAAAACGUUUUUUGUAUUCAGUCAUAGGCUUUGUAGUAUAGAGCAGAAACUAUGCGGAUCAUUAUGUAAGGCAAUGUGUUUGUGACUCUAGCGAAAUGCAAUGUGUGACUAUGCUGUAAAACGUGCGGUUAUCUGAUUACAAUAAAACAAAAAUCACUGGAAAGGAUUUUGGGAAUGUUGUUACUAAUACUGAGAAAGAAUAAUUUUAUGCUUUAUUAUAAGUGACAUCAUUUUAAUUUUUAUGUAGUUUCUACUAUGUGUCAAGAAAGUUCCAUUCUUAAUAGUGUUUAGCUGAACUGCAUGGUGCGCAGUACAUACUAUGGAAAACUUAAAACACAACUGCUUUUGUUUUGACUUUCAAAGAGCAUAAAAUUUUAUACAAAGUGUUCUCAACGAUGAUGUGUCCUUGCAUCUCAAUCCACCAUUGCAAACUUAGUCACAGUAGGCUUAUCAACAGAGGUUAUCUGUCAGACAAAUUAUUAGAAAAUUUAACUUGGGGAGGGAAAAAACCAAAUUUGGAAAGGAAUCUCUGUGUAUGCUUUAUUCAUUAACAGUAUGAGUGAAUUUACCUAAACCAUAUUUAUAGAGGAGAAAAUUGGUUGUGACAUAUGUGUGUUCUGCUGAUGGUUAAAGUAUCUCCCAUUGCAAGGAAGGAGACAUUUCUGCACGGUGGUCAAAAGCUUUCCUCUGUGUUUGCACAUCAUUAUUAAUAAGUAUACAUUUUCCCUAGUGGUUGGUUUGAAUAAAAACAUGUCUGUUAUGAGUGAGUAACUGUUUAAUUAGGAAGCAAAUACAUGUUUUCCAGUGAAAAUAAGUGUUCACUUCUGGUCAAGUAAUACGUAUUUGGAAGGAUUGCACAUGACUAUUCUUCAGAAAGGUUUUACAGAACAAGGAAUUUGGAAAAUCCCAUUUACGGCAUAACUCAGGGUAGGUUUGCUGCUUAAGUUUUAAGAUAAAACUGGUAGUAAAGCUGUUAGGAAGCUUAUUAUGAUUUUGUUUUGUCAGUGUUGGAAGAUGAUGGAAAAGACCUAUUGGUUCUAUUCCUGUAAUGGCAAUUAAGUAGGGAUAUUGGUUGGUUACUGUUACUUUUUUUCCUGGGCAAAAUAGUUGUAAAAUAGUAGUGAUCUUUUUUAUCAGUUCACGUACGUUUUCAGAGGUAGACAUAAUUAAAUUUUAUCUGCAUGAAUUGUGAAUUAUCAGUAUUGGUUAAAAACUGAUUUGAAAUAACCUGGUGCCCUAAUAACAUCCAGAUGGUAUAUACGUACCUCAGCAUGAGAUGCAAGCAGCAGAGAGGGCUUGUGUGUUACUUGUUAAUGUGACAGUGAUUGGCUUGGUGGAUUGAAUUUUGAGCAAAUGGUUAACAAGAAAAUUGCAAUAUUGCUGACAUUUUGGAAAUACACUGUUACUUAAAUUGCCCAUGUAUAUGGCUUAAGAUACUGUUUUCAUACAAUUCAGGAGUUACUGUAGUGCAACUAAGUAUGUAGGUCCUCACUUGUGACAUCUGUACCUGCAAAGCAUUUUCCUUUAUAUUGUCUUUAAUGUUGCCAUUUUUUGCUUGACUUAACACAUGCCACACUUUGUAAUGCAAUACUGAGUUACCUUUAUUCUGGAAUACUCUUUCUCCUUGGUAUAUGUAUUACAUUAUAGUACUCAUUCUUAAAGUAAACCUCAACCAAACUGCAAAUGGUUUUCCUUUACACACUAAAAGGUCCUAAACAUCAAGAUUUGGGAAAAUUACUGUUUUUUCACUGCUAUGAACUAGGGCUUGUGUAUGGCAACUAGUUAAACUCUCUGCUCUAGUGUCCUUUAUGCAGUUGAAAAUGCAGUUUACAUUGGUAUCUAGUAAGGUGUCUAAAUAUGAGAUGACUUUUUUCUAAUAUUUCCUGGCCUUGUAUGUGACCUUUUUUAGAGGAUUAAGGAAGUAUUGGUGAAUUGGUAGUUCUCAACUGUAAAGCUGUACAGGGACCAUGUGUUAAGUACAAACUAAACUGCAUUCAAAAGGUUGGUUCAUUUUCUUCAAAGGAAAAGGCUGUGUUAUUCAGGCUUUUAGCUAGCUCCUGUAUAUUUGUUUAGCUAUGUAAACCCUCCUCCUUAUAAUAUCUGAGUAUGUUUCAGAAGAACAUUAAGUACACUGAAUCUUCAGAAGUUGUUAAUACUUUCUCUGCCAGCUUCAUGCUAUUUUAAGUGCAUGUUUGUUGCACUGUGGUUUUGAUAGCAAGUAGAGAUUUGCAUGUAUUUGAAAGUUAUUUUAGAUUUUAUUUAACAUCAGUGAUUGUCAUUCCACAGUUGUGACCUGCCCCUCCUGUAAACCUCUGACUUGGAUGGCUGUGCUGCAUGGUAGCAGUGGAUUUGUCAGCUGUCCUUACUGCAGAAAAUAAUUUAAUCUAUUUUUAAAUGUCUGUAAACCAAGUCCUAACAAAUAAAUACUGAAAUAUAUUUUUGGGCAGAUUGUAAGGAGUUAAUGAAGAAUGCCUUUUGUAGCUGAUGAUAUGCUGCUAUGUUAAGCUCUUAAAAGUUUUCUUUAGGCUGCUUGGCUUAACUCUAAAGGCAAUGCUUCUCGUUUUGCCAAAUGUGGUAGAAACUGAUCCUAGCUAUAAAAUAAACACAUAAUUUUAUUGAAAAAGGAAUGGUCACAAAUUGUUUCUUUAAAAUGUGUAGAUGUGGCCAGCCAGUGUUUUUGUGUGAAGGUUCUGCCCUUCUCCUAAAGUGAUUAAUUUUUCUUGAUCCUCGUCUGGUGGAGCAGUUUAUAAUUUUUUCUGUGUACACAGGUACUCAAGUUUUUAACUACAUUUGCAUUGUUUGACUGGAAAGUACAGUGAAGUCCUGACACUCUGCUAUAUGCUAUGCUAAAACAAGUAGGCUUGGAAUAUAUGUGAAUCUGCCAACUACAGUGCACUUACUUUUAUAAUGUACUUACUGAGCUUUUACAUUAUUCCUGAAGUUUCAUAUUCCUAAACUACCAAAUUUUCCAGUGAGAUACAAUUUUGGUACUUAAAGAUAACAAAGCUUUACUAUUCCACGUAAGUUAGACAGUGUUCUGACCAAUGUGCUCAUUAGAUAAUGCACAUUGAUAUCCUGGGAAACUUUCUGGUGAUCCUAAUAUACUUUACUGUAUUAAUUUCCUAAGAAAAUCACAAACUACUGUGAAUUACCUGGAAAGAAAAUUCCUGACAUGCAGUUCUUUUAUUUGUUGUCCAUGGGUUUUUUAUGCAGUUGUAAAUAAAGAUAUAAGUGGGAGGUUCUUACUAGAAUAAAAUUUAAAAUAGAUGGCAAGAAGACAGUAUGAACUAAAUAAUUAAAUUUUAAACAUAAGCCAGUAGGAUUUUGUAGUAUGCAUUUAUUGAGGAGCAUUCUGAUAUAAAGUAUGCCGCCAUAUUCACCAAAUUCAUUUCUCUCUUUUCCUCUCUUGAUUUCAGAUAUAGAAUAAUUUGUCAUUACAAAUCCUUUGUAAGGUACUACAAACACAGUGACAUUUAUGAACUAUGUCUUGCUAAACAGUUGCAAUCUCCCUUGAGGUAACUUGGCUCAAAAAUGCUGAAAUAACCAAUCUAAAGGCAGAUUCUCAAAUGAAAACCAAAACCCUGUAGGCCUUUUUGAAGGGAGAAAAUGUGAUUGGAGGUGAGAUGUUCAGCAAUUAUCUGUUGUGCUCUGGUGGCAUGAAGUUCAUUUUACUUUAGUUUGUUGCAGAAACAAAUUUUUUGGGACUUCCUAAUUUAUCUGUUUUUUAGAAGAAGUUGGAUCAUGAUUUUUCCCUUCCUAAGUCAAACUACAGCAUUAUUGAACCACUGAAUUGGCACAGAACGCAGGGUAGCAACUAGAGUCAGUUAAUGUUGGACCACAGGUGUGAAUGGGGUUCUAAAUCCCAUUCCUGAGACUUGAAAUGUUGCAUAUCCAUGGGUCAUUUUAGAGACUGCAUGCAGCAUCUUUUCUUAGCUUGUGCUUGUGGCCAGGAGUGGGGGACUUCAGAGAGCACAUACUUCCAAUGCAAUCUAAUUGUCUUCUCAGGAGCCCUCAAAUUAUUAAUAUGACACUGUGCUGUUAAUAAGAUGCCCAUCUUGGAGUUUGGUGCUUUCCAUGGGCUGUUAGCUCACGCUAGCAUGAGGGAAUAUUGGACCAAAUUUUCCUGACUCAUCAGUGGUAAGGAGGGAGUGAGUGUGACCUAUGAGAAAUGUAAAUCCAAUACUUGAGAUUAUUGGAUAUUCAGUGCUAGUUUGGUGGCAAAUGUUGAACAGUAGUAACCUGAAGGCAUUUGCUUUCUUAAAAAUUCACUUACUGAAAUGUAAGAACUUAGUAAUAGUAAGAGAAUUGACUAAAACCUUUGAACACCGAAUGUCAGAUAAAAUUUUUCCCAUUUGAUUUUUUUUAUGUUACCUUCUGUUAGUUUUCCAGAUAUACUGUAAAGUAGUUUUAGCCAUCUCACCAGUCUAGUGUGUUUUGUUGAUGGUUUCAUGUGCUUUCCCAUAAAGUAUUUUAAAAAUCAUAGCUGUAGGUAUUUCAGGUGUGUUUUCAUGGCAAUCCAUGAAAUACUGAAGCUAGUUAUAAAAUUGUCUGAAGUAUUACUUGUAGAAUAAAUAAACUGAACAUGAAAUUUUAAUGAAAACUAUUUUUUUAUGAUUUUAAAUGCAUGGAAACAAACCUUCAUUGUUCUAAUUUUCAGUGGGAUAGAUUUUAAUAGGUCUUUUCCAUCUUGAACUUCCUUAAGAUAUUCUGAAAGUUAAUAUAAUUGAAAUUUGGAGGGCAUCCUUACUAAUGACCUCAGCCUGACUCUUAAAAGCAGUGUAAGAAGUUUCUUCUGUUUGGAACAGCAGCCCUUUUCUCCUAAUUGAAGGAGCUAUUUGGAAAACCAUUCAGAGAUAAGCACAACAUACUUACAGGUAAAACUAUUUAAAAACCCCUCUGCUCUAAUGUAAAGAUUAUUGUACACACAAAUCACAUUGAAAGAAAAAAAACAACUUUGUAAAUGUGAGUAAAAACUGAAGUGAUUUGUAUGUGGUCCCUUGGGUGGAGAAUAAAAUGCUCAUAAUAAGAGGUAUGAGAUUCAAAAGGAACUGGAGUGUGUUACUGCAUAUACAUGUGGAUAAGGUUUUUCCAUUUGUUUGGGUAAAUGAUUUGUCUAGAGCUUCCAUUGUUCCUAGAGUUACUAGUGUGCUUUUAUGUCUCAGUUUCUGUAGAGUAAAGCAUAGCUGUAUAAUUUGUUUGAAUUUACAUGCUGACUGUAUGUGGGAUGUUAAGUGCUUGACUUGAAAGAAUUGCAGUGAGAAUAAAGAUGCUGUUCUUGACUUUAAGUAAAAACUGCAUAGAUCCUUGAACAGGAAUAAGUGUGGAGGGUCCUGUAUGUAAAUUGAACAAAAAAAUGGGAGAGAGGGAAUAAAGUAACAUAACAAAAGUGAGAAGAGUGUGGUUUAAUUUUAUAUCUGCAACAGAUUCACAGAAAUAACUUUAAGUCUUGUUCUACAUGAAAACCACAAUGCAACUAAUUUUUAAUAGAAGAGGUGGAAAUGCCAGUUACAUUCAUGUCUUGGAUUUUGGAACUGAAUUUAGUUUUGUGCAGAUGGCCAAAGAAUAGCAGAAAAACUGAAACGAAUUAAUGUUUUAAAAAUAUUUUGAAAUUCUUGGCUUGUAUGGUGGGAUCACUGCAGUUGGAUAUAUCUCUUUGUGUUGCUUUUAUGAAGUUGAUGUGCAGGACUUCAUUUUGUGGCUGAAUACAGCAACCGUAUACAGCGUACACACACCAUGUAAGUAUGUAACAGCUGAUUUUAAGGUUGUUAGCCUCUCAUCAAACUAGUGAGAAUCCAGUCUUAAACCUGAGUGCAUCAUAGUCAGAGAAGCACCAAACAGAAGACCAUGGUAAAGGAAAAUGAAAUAGUAAAUAUCUAUUAGUAGUAAUGGGAUGAGAUUAAGGUAUUUUCAAUUUUUGGCCUUAAUUCACUGUAAUCAAUUUUUUUGUGUGUGACAGGGAUAUUAAUUUUAUUAUCGGUUAAAGAUAAAGGAAAGAAAGAAAAAAAAAUCCCCAACAAAACACCUCUUCCAAAGAAUCCCCAAACCCUAAAUACCUCAGUGUACAGCCUAAUCCCAAGCAAAAUGUGUUUUCCCACUUGAAAUAAAUAUGUAUACUUAAGCAAGGUAGAAGAGAAAAUAAAUCUAAAAAUAUGUAAAAACCAAAAGGGUUUACUGUAAUUCUUUUUGCAUCUGUUAGCUCUUGAUAUUCUGGUCAUUUUAAAGUGUUGCUUUUUUUAAAAAAAAAAAAUAAUACCAUUACUGUUCAUUAUUUGUUAUAAAAGGAUUUAUUCUACUAAAUUUAUUUAUUGUUACUAAGUUUUCAAUAUUUUUAUAUAGUGUAAAAUUGCAUGAAAAAACACUGCAUAAAGCAGCUAUUGCAGUACUGUAGAAUGCAGUCUUUGAACUGCUAGCUGAAUUGGUCUUCCACGCUGCUUACAAAUGUUUUAAAUAUUUGUAUGCUAAUGGAAAUUUGAAAUAUUUGUGUGCAUAUUUAAAAUAAUACAGUACAUGCCUUGCUGCAGAUAUGAAUAGCCUUUUGCCCUCCUUGCUGCUUGGUCCUGCUCCCUCUGUGUCCCCAGGCAGGAGACACAGGUAAAGGCAGGUAAGGGAGACUGUGAGAAUUAUUGAUUCUGCUUAUUUCAGAAGGAAAGAAGAGCAAGAAGGGGCAGUAGAGCAAGACUCUUCUUACCUGUGCAUACAUAGGGUAAUUUGUGCUGCAGACAGAGAAUGUAGUUCAAUAAAUGUUCUCAUUAAGUGAGUUUGGAAGAAGUACAUAGCCUAGAACAAAUGGGUAAGAAGUGUGUUGAGGGCUUUAGAUACCUGAAUAACAUGGUUAUGGUUGACAUUCUUGGUGAUAGUUGGGCCAAGAGGGCGAAUAUUUCAAGCAGUGAAAAAAAAAAAAAAUUCCACUAAAAUGUUGAGCCAAAUUUUAUGUGAGCUUGACCUGUCUGUUCACUUUCUGCAGUUACCAAGAAGGUUACUUGCAAGCCAGUAAAAAAAAUGGGAAAUAGUAUUCUUCGUGAUUUCUCCAGGAGAGAUAAUGCACAAAGUUGCUUUAAAAAGAAGCAAGACUAUUCUCAUGUAUUUUUCUUGGAAGAAAAUAUAAAAACUGCCAUUACAAAGAUGGGAAAAACAGUCUUUUAAAAUGCUAACAUUCUUCAUUCUUUGACAUGAUAGCCUUGUGUUGAUAUAUCUUGUUCUGCUUUUAAGGGAGAGAGCAUGUGCAAGGUAAGCCGGAGCUGCAGUUUUAAUCAACUUCAAAUAAAAAGCUUUUCCCAGAAGACACACCUGUAAUAAUGAAACAGUAGUUAAGCUUCAGUUUUGUUUCAGUGUGGAACAUUGUGUUUCUAGAACUUAGCAUUAUACCAGUUCCAGUUCCACAUCUGACAUUUUCGGAACCAGAGCUGUGCCAAAUCAUACAAAUAAAGUUUUUGCCUUAGUGUGUGAGCAGUGCAAUUACUGCAAUUCAAAAACUGAAUGUUCAAGAAUUUUAAAAGAAAAUGUAUGGAAGAAUUGUCGUCUGUUGAAUUGCUGGUUUAAAGGUGAAAAUUGUCAACUUGGCAGCAGGGAUGGCUUUACUUAUGACAUUAUUUUAGGCUAUGUGUCAGUUUAUUAUUACCAUGUUAUACUGUGUGUCGUUUUUGUAACACCACUUAAUGCAUGUUUGACAUUUUUCUUGCAUCACACUUGUGUAGUUUCAUAUAUUAUUCACACUGAUUAAUACAACUUUCUGUAGGUGGGGGGUACCAGAGCAUUUGUUUAGUAUUACGUAACUUGUUUAGGAGGGUUUUUCAUUGAUAAGCUUGUUUUCUGUCUUGUGUUUACUCUGGAUGUUCUGAGCAAAAUACACUUUUUCUACUUUAUGUGGGGAAAAAGCAACAAGUAAUGAAAAAGUGGUUAUUAGGAAAGUAAAUGGAAGUUCUGGAUGCUUCUUAUUGUUUCUAAAAUGACAGCUGACUCAGGAGAAUAAAAUCACUUGGUAUACUUUC